AUGCCUCCUCCCGUGCGCGCUGAGGUAGCGCUGGUAUCCCUCCAGAAUUGCUUGGUCAAUCUGCCACCGGGGCUGAUCGCGUUGAUCAGCAACACCAAUAUCCCAGCUCAAAAUAUUGUCGUCGAACUACAAUACCGGUCGCAGACUCUUUCUUCUGGAGCCGUCUCCAGUGGUAAUAGUACCGGCUUUCAGCGAUCUGCCUAUGUUGGCUGGACUGGGAUGCCUAGCCGAACAAGACCGGCGUCACUUCUGAACAACGACCGAGCCCGACUGGGAAGUAGGGAACAGGAUGUUUCAACUGUUGAGAUUGAUGCGACAUUUGCGAAACUGCUUGGGCUGUCAGAAGGCCAGAAGAUUGGCAUACUGGUUCAUCUUGACCCGCCUGUCGCUCACAGCAUCAAUAUCGAGCCACUCACGCCUGCAGACUGGGAAGUUAUCGAGCUUCAUGCCACUUUCCUGGAAUUAAACCUUUUGUCUCAGAUUCGUGCGCUUCCAAAUCCUGCAUACAGUAGCAAGACUACCGUUCAGGCGGAACACACCCACCCCUUAACCCUUCAUUUGUCGCCGACGUCAACGGCGAACAUUGUCGUUACUUCUUUAGUACCUCCUGUCCCCAACACCAUCCCAUUCGCAAAAAUAGCUCCCGAUGCUGAAGUCAUUGUUGCGCCCAAGACUCGGCCCAAAUCUGGGAGGAGCGAUAGGCGAGAUGCAAGGAGCACGGCAAGCAGGCGAAGCGGUAAAAGCGGUGUCAGCAACGUCCGCAACCGGACAGGCCCUGCGAGACCUGCAUUAUUCAUGCGCGCGAUUGAUCGAGGAUUGGCAAGCGGCUUUUUCGGUGAAGACCAGAACAUCUCCGAAAAUGAUAAGCUGUGCAUCUGGCUCAGCAGCGAAAUGAUUGAGUCUGAAAAUCUCAGAGCGGCCGCAUGGGCAAACGUCACUAUUAUCAAACCGGCCGGUAUGCGGGCUCAGCUGGAUAGUAGCCAAGUCAAUCGACUCAAGGAGGAAGAAAGCAGCGAAGUUGGAAGACCUGCUUCCAAAGUGGUCGCCCAAGUCCUUCCCUGGUCAUCUCCACUCGACAGUAAUCACGCAGUUCUAUCGACCUCACUUUGCAAAAUGCUGGGCGCUGAGGGGAUGGUUGGGAUCAUUGUCCGAGUUCAGGCUGCUGGGCCACCAUUGCCCCGGUACUCUAUCAAAAAGUUCCAAUUCUAUCCGUUUCUGCCCGCAAAUUCGAAGAAGAAAGAUGGCCUCCAAUUCGGCGGAGACUCGAAAGCAACAAAACAAGCACUCGCCGACAAAAUCCGACUGGCGUUCGCCGGAGAGGAUGGACUGCUGUCUGGGCCAAUCACUGAUGGAAUGGUUCUUCCAGCUUCCGGAGACUCCUCUUCUGUUGCAUCAUUUGAUGGUGGAAUCCUGAGGUUUCGUCGUCCGGCAGAAGUCGAAGAAGAUCAUGAUAGUUCUUGUCUGUGGGUGCUGGGACAAGAGCAAGACCAUGAAUUCGAGGUUAAGGCUGAAGUGGCCCGGCCUGUGGAGCUGGCGACCUUGUUCCCUACCUUCGCCCAUGGAAUACCCAGCAAGCUUCCGAAUCUGAUAGGCGUCGAUGGGAUCUUGAAGCAGUGCUUGUCAAGUCUGACUCUGUGCUCGUCUGUGCUGUUGACCGGCGGCGUCGGUUCAGGCAAGACUUCACUCGCUCAUUGCAUAUCACAACGGCUGCGAGAGGAUUAUGUCUUCAAUGUGACCUAUUUUGAUUGCCAGAAGUUGGUCACGGACGAAACCAGGGUCUCUACUGUGAAGGAGACGCUCACGAGAUUGUUCAUGUCAGCAUCUUGGUGUGCAAGACUAGGCGGACAAUCAGUCGUCGUCUUGGAUGAUCUGGACAAGAUCUGUCCUGCCGAAACAGAGCUGGAGGUCGGCAACGACAAUGGUCGCAGUCGUCAGAUCACCGAGGUCCUCUGUGCCGUCGUCCGCCAAUACUGCAGCAUCCAUUCUGGCGUCACUCUUCUGGCCACUGCACAGUCGAAAGACUCGCUUAACAGCAUCAUGAUUGGAGGGCAUAUAGUGGGCGACAUAAUCUCUAUCAAGGCUCCAACGAAGGAAAUCCGACGAGAUAUUCUAGCGUCUCUCACAAAUGAUGGGUCGCAAGUUAGCCACCGCGGCCACAACCGAAAUCAAAGUGAUACUAAAAGCAUGUCCGAGACCUCCUGGAUGGAUCCAUCGAACCCGUCGUCAAGACCAACGUCUUCCGCCUCAUCACCACCUGUUGAGGGUUUCCGUGUCGCGCCCAGCCUCGAUCUGCUGGAUAUUGCGGGAAAAACCGAUGGAUACAUGCCUGCCGACCUGGUCCUCCUGCUGGCCCGCGCCCGAAACGAAACACUCACACGCAUGAUAUCAGAAAAUGACGACUCAGAUGCCCCGCCUACGCUGACGAAGGCCGACUUCGACGCUGCGUUGAAGAACUUCACCCCUUCUUCCCUCCGCAACGUAACAUUGACUCAUUCGACCACCACCUUCUCUUCUAUCGGUGGACUGCAUGGCACACGCAAUACCCUCCUCGAAACACUUCUCUACCCGACGAAAUACGCGCCCAUCUUCGCUCGCUCUCCCCUCCGUCUCCGCUCGGGAUUGUUGCUCUACGGAUACCCUGGCUGUGGCAAAACGCUCUUGGCCUCCGCGGUAGCGGGAGAGUGCAACCUCAAUUUCAUCUCCGUCAAAGGCCCUGAAAUCUUGAACAAGUACAUCGGUGCAUCUGAGAAGUCUGUUCGAGAUUUGUUCGAGCGCGCCCAAGCUGCAAAACCUUGCGUCUUGUUCUUCGACGAAUUUGACAGCAUUGCACCUAAACGUGGACACGAUUCCACCGGCGUGACAGAUCGAGUGGUGAAUCAGAUGCUCACACAGAUGGACGGCGCCGAAGGACUUGAAGGUGUCUACGUGCUAGCGGCUACGAGCAGGCCGGACCUGAUCGAUCCGGCCCUUCUGAGGCCUGGACGACUGGAUAAGAGUCUGUUGUGCGAUAUGCCAGAUGUGAAUGACCGGCUGGAUAUCUUGAAGGCGGUCAGCACAAAACUGCGGUUGAAGCCCGAGGUCGAGAACCGGCUACUCAGUGUUGCGCAGCGCACCGAGGGCUUCAGUGGCGCAGACCUCCAAGCGCUCAUGUACAAUGCCCAUCUAGAGGCGAUCCACGACCUUUUGGGCGACAAACAAUCGGAUCAGCAAAAGGGUCGGGAACUGGUCAACGGCACGAACAACAGCGGCAGCAGCUCUGCUGGAGGAGGGAAACGCCGUAAACGCCACAGCACCCCCGGCAAGCCCGAUUUCUUCCACUUUCUGUACUCGCCGGAAGAGGACGCGGUGGCGCGGAAAGCACUCGGCACGGGCGCCUCAACGACGGAGUCCAGAGCCGCGAUCGCAUCGAAGAUCGAGGAGCUGAAGCUGGCGCGCAAGCGCGAAAAGGCGGCCCUGAAGAACUCCUUUGCACGGCGCACGUCAUCCGGAGGACCUCUCCACAAUGGUCUGGCAGACGGAGACGCAGACGACGCCGAGGCCGGUGGCGGCGCCGGCAAGGACGAGGUGGUGAUCGAGUGGCGACACAUGGAGAAGUCACUCGCCACGACGCGCAGCUCCAUCAGUCCCGAGGAGCGGCGACGCCUGGCCGCCAUCUAUCAGGAGUUCGUGGUCGGGAGGAACGGCGAGAUGCCUUCUGGCCAAGGCGGGAGGGAGGUCGGGGGCAGGACGAGUUUGAUGUGA